GCUAUGCGUCUAACGAAUUGUCUGAGUUCACAUAUUUGUCGCAUUUGUACGUUGCAUACCCGAAACUUGACACAGAAACGAAGCAGAUCUUCCAAAUUCUGCAGUUCUCCUCUUGAAGCAGUAAAGGACGUCCAAGAUGGUAGCACGUGCAUGUUUGGUGGAUUUGGCCUUUGUGGGAUUCCAGAAAACUUGAUCAACGCGUUAAGAAAAAGCGGUGUAAAGAACUUGACCGCUGUCAGUAAUAAUUGUGGAGUUAAUGAUUUUGGGCUUGGAAUUUUACUCAUGAAUAGACAACUCAAACGUAUGAUUGCGUCAUACGUAGGAGAGAAUAAAGAGUUGGAGCGGGCUUUUUUGAACGGGGAGCUGGAGCUUGAACUUGUUCCUCAAGGAACGUUGGCUGAGAAGAUUCGCUGCGCGGGAGCUGGGAUUCCUGCUUUUUAUACCCCUACUGGCUAUGGGACCCUAAUUCACGAAGGCGGAGCACCUAUAAAAUACGCCCCUGGCGGUGGCGAAAUUAUCAUGUCAAGUGAGCCUAAGGAGUCCAAGAAAUUUGAUGAGAUCGAAUAUGUUCUGGAGAAGUCUUUGAGCGCAGAUUUCGCCUUUAUAAAAGGCUACAAAGCUGACUAUGCAGGCAAUGUUGUAUUUAGAAAAGCGACGCAGAAUUUCAAUUUGCCUAUGGCUAAAGCAGCAAGAAAAACCAUAGUAGAAGUUGAAGAAUUAGUAGAUAUCGGGGAUCUCCCUCCCGAUUUAGUCCAUUUACCUGCCGUUUACGUCGACAAAGUUCUGCAAGGGGAGCGAUACGAAAAACGAAUCGAACGCUUGAAGCUAUCAGACCCAAAUGACAAGGCAUCCGAAAAUUUGUCCGAAAGAGACGAAGUUAGGAUGAGAAUCAUCAAGCGCGCAGCACGUGAGUUUCAAGAUGGAAUGUACGCCAACUUGGGAAUAGGAAUUCCAGCGCUUGCCAGUAACUUUAUACCCAAGGGGAUGAACGUGACGUUGCACAGUGAAAAUGGAGUCUUGGGAGCCGGGCCGUUUCCAGAACCAGGCUUGGAAGAUGCAGAUCUGAUCAAUGCUGCAAAAGAAACUAUUACUGUGCUUCCUGGAGGCUCUUAUUUUUCCAGUGAUGAAUCUUUUGCAAUGGUGCGAGGCAAUCAUAUACAGCUGACAAUGCUUGGAGCUUUGCAGGUGUCCAAGUUUGGAGAUCUGGCUAACUGGAUGAUACCGGGGAAAAUGGUGAAAGGUAUGGGUGGAGCUAUGGAUUUAGUUUCGGCCACUCAAGGUCGAGUUGUGGUCACUAUGGAACAUACGAGUAAAGGAACGCAUAAGAUUUUGGACAGAUGUUCGCUUCCUUUGACAGGAAAGAAUGUGGUUGAUACUAUUAUUACGGAAAAGUGUGUAUUUAAAGUAAACAAAGAUUCCGGACUAAUUCUGAAAGAAUUGUGGCCUUCAGUCUCAAUUGAAGAUGUGAAAGAAAAUACGGGAUGCGAUUUCCAUGUAGACAGUGAAAAUUUGACAGAAAUGAUGCAGUAGAUAGCAGUGCAGUUCAAAAAUAAUUUAUCUGUGAGGUAUAAAUCACAAGUAUUAGUUAGUAUACAUGAGGUGAAAUAAUAAAUAUACCUGACCAGCUUUAUUCAUCUUAGUUUAUUCAUCUUAAUUUAUUUUUUCAAAAGUG